AUGCUAAGAACAAAGCUAAGAGUGUAUUUGUUUACUUUGCUUAUGCCUCUCAUCAGGUGUCUUCCAUGGGUGACAGGGAAACAAGCAAUCACUCAGAAAUGACUGACUUCAUUCUCAUAGGCUUCAGGGUGCGCCAUGAGCUCCAUCUUCUCCUCUUCCUGAUAUUUCUGCUUGUCUAUGUCAUGAUCCUUCUAGGGAAUGUUGGGAUGAUGGCCAUUAUCAUGACUGACCCCAGGUUGAACACACCAAUGUAUUUCUUCCUAGGCAACCUGUCUUUUGUUGAUCUCUUCUAUUCAUCUGUUAUUGCACCCAAGGCCAUGAGCAACUUCUGGUCUGAAAGCAAGUCCAUCUCCUUUGCAGGCUGUGUGGCCCAGCUCUUUCUAUUUGCACUCUUCAUUGUGACGGAGGGAUUUCUCCUGGCAGCCAUGGCUUAUGAUCGCUUCAUUGCCAUCUGCAACCCACUCCUCUAUUCUGUUCAGAUGUCAGCACGGCUCUGCACUCAGUUGGUGGCUGGCUCCUAUUUCUGUGGCUGCGUAAGCUCAGUUCUUCAAACCAGCAUGACAUUUACUUUAUCUUUUUGUGCUUCUCGGGCCAUUGACCACUUUUACUGUGAUGUUCGCCCACUUCAGAGAUUAUCUUGUUCUGACCUCUUUGUCCACAGAAUUGUCUCUUUUACCUUAUCUAUCAUCAUUAUCUUGCCAACCAUCAUAGUCAUUGUUGUUUCUUACAUGUAUAUUGUGUCCACAGUUCUAAAUAUUCGCUCCACUGAGGGCCGCAAGAAAGCCUUCUCCACUUGCAGCUCCCACCUGGGAGUCGUGAGUGUGCUGUACGGGGCUGUCUUCUUCAUGUACCUCACCCCUGACAGGUUUCCUGAACUGAGCAAAGUGGCCUCCUUAUGUUACUCCCUAGUCACACCUAUGUUGAACCCUUUGAUUUAUUCCCUGAGAAACAAAGAUGUCAAAGAGGCUCUUAAAAAACUUCUAGAAAAGAAAAAUGCUAUUCUAUGA